UACUGGCCACCCACCCCCUCGUGUUCGAUCGUCCUCCUGCUCGGAUGUCUGUUUGCUUCUUUGCUCUCCGCUCUGCUUUGUCACUCGCGUUGUCGUGGAGACCCAGGUCGUGGUGGAGACCCAGGUUGUCGUGGAGACCCAGGUCGUGGUGGAGACCCAGGUUGUCGUGGAGACCCAGGUUGUCGUGGAGACCCAGGUCCUGGUGGAGACCCAGGUUGUCGUGGAGACCCAGGUCCUGGUGGAGACCCAGGUUGUCGUGGAGACCCAGGUCGUGGUGGAGACCCAGGUUGUCGUGAAGACCCAGGUCGUAGUAGAGACCCAGGUUGUCGUGGAGACCCAGGUCGUGGUGGAGACCCAGGUCGUAGUAGAGACCCAAGUUGUCGUGGAGACCCAGGUUGUCGUGGAGACCCAGGUCGUGGUGGAGACCCAGGUCGUGGUGGAGACCGAGGUCGUGGUGGAGACCCAGGUCGUGGUGGAGACCCAGGUUGUCGUGGAGACCCAGGUUGUCAUGGAGACCCAGGUUGUCGUGGAGACCCAGGUCGUGGUGGAGACCCAGGUCGUUGUGGAGACCCAGGUCGUGGUGGAGACCCAGGUCCUGGUGGAGACCCAGGUUGUCAUGGAGACCCAGGUCGUCAUGGAGACCCAGGUUGUCAUGGAGACCCAGGUUGUCGUGGUGGAGACCCAGGUUGUCGUGGUGGAGACCCAGGUCGUGGUGGAGACCCAGGUCGUGGUGGAGACCCAGGUUGUCGUGGAGACCCAGGUUGUCAUGGAGACCCAGGUUGUCGUGGAGACCCAGGUCGUGGUGGAGACCCAGGUCGUUGUGGAGACCCAGGUCGUGGUGGAGACCCAGGUCCUGGUGGAGACCCAGGUUGUCAUGGAGACCCAGGUUGUCAUGGAGACCCAGGUUGUCGUGGAGACCCAGGUCGUGGUGGAGACCCAGGUCGUCAUGGAGACCCAGGUUGUCAUGGAGACCCAGGUUGUCGUGGAGACCCAGGUUGUCGUGGAGACCCAGGUCGUGGUGGAGACCCAGGUUGUCGUGGAGACCCAGGUUGUGGUGGAGACCCAGGUUGUCACGGAGACCCAGGUCGUGGUGGAGACCCAGGUCGUGGUGGAGACCCAGGUUGUCGUGGAGACCCAGGUUGUCGUGGAGACCCAGGUUGUCAUGGAGACCCAGGUUUUCAUGGAGACCCAGGUUGUCGUGGUGGAGACCCAGGUUGUCAUGGAGACCCAGGUCGUGGUGGAGACCCAGGUUGUCAUGGAGACCCAGGUCGUUGUGGAGACCCAGGUCGUUGUGGAGACCCAGGUCGUGUUGGAGACCCAGGUUGUCGUGGAGACCCAGGUUGUCAUGGAGACCCAGGUUGUCAUGGAGACCCAGGUUGUCGUGGUGGAGACCCAGGUUGUCAUGGAGACCCAGGUCGUGGUGGAGACCCAGAUCGUCAUGGAGACCCAGUUUGUCGUGGAGACCCAGGUUUUCGUGGAGACCCAGGUCGUGUUGGAGACCCAGAUCGUCGUGGAGACCCAGGUCGUGGUGGAGACCCAGGUCGUGUUGGAGACCCAGAUCGUGGUGCAGACCCAGGUCGUCGUGGAGACCCAGAUCGUCGUGGAGACCCAGGUUGUCGUGGAGACCCAGGUUGUCGUGGAGACCCAGUUUGUCGUGGAGACCCAGGUCGUGGUGGAGACCCAGGUCGUUGUGGAGACCCAGGUUGUCGUGGAGACCCAGGUCGUGUUGGAGACCCAGAUCGUCGUGGAGACCCAGGUCGUGGUGGAGACCCAGCUCGUCAUGGAGACCCAGGUCGUGGUGGAGACCCAGGUUGUCGUGGUGGAGACCCAGGUCGUCAUGGAGACCCAGGUUGUCAUGCAGACCCAGGUUGUCGUGGAGACCCAGGUUGUUGUGGAGACCCAGGUUGUCGUGGAGACCCAGGUUGUUGUGGAGACCCAGGUCGUCAUGGAGACCCAGGUUGUCAUGGAGACCCAGGUUGUCGUGGAGACCCAGGUUGUUGUGGAGACCCAGGUUGUCGUGGAGACACAGGUUGUCAUGGAGACCCAGAUCGUCGUGGAGACCCAGGUCGUCAUCUCCGCUCUCUUGACUUCUCACCUGGUUCAACAGGUCGGCCUUCGUAGGUGCUGCUCGCUACCAGCACUUGCCCCCAACAGUCUAUUGAAGGCUACACGGGGAAUCUUUGUCUUUGUGCCGCAUUCUCCACGCACGGCCCCGCACCGUUCGGCGAGGGGGGACGUGACAGGUGACAUCA